AUGAAAUUUUUUGAUGCCGCCGCACCCAACCCUAUGGCCGUCCGUUUGUUCGUUCUUGAACGUGGCGGCCUCAACUUUGAUGUCGAAACUGUGGAUAUCAUGAGCCUUCAGAAUCGACGCCUUGCAUUUCGCGCAAUCAACCCUCGCGGGGAGGUUCCGGCUCUCCGGCUUGACAAUGGCACUGUUCUCACAGAGAUCACCGCUAUUUGCGAGUACUUAGAUGAGAUCGCCCUUGGAGGCACUUCCCUGUUUGGCAGCACACCUGAACAGCGUGCUGAGACUCGCAUGUGGCUCCGAAGAAUGGAUCUAGAAAUUUGUCAACCCGUUAUCAGUUGGUUCAGGAACGAUCCUGCCACGGUCGAUUUCUACAAAGGCAACCGACUUCCGACCCCAGAGGCUAGGGUCAACCAGAAAGUGUUGAUCAAUCAGGCCUUGAACAUGCUUGAUGAUCAAUUAGACGGAAAAACAUGGUUGUGUGGAGACAGAUUUUCCGCGGCAGAUACUCAUUUCUAUGGGUUGAUGAAGAUGAUGGCAAUGCAAGUGUGUGAUUGGAUGCUAUUGCCUGGACGAGAAAAUUUUUUGGCAUACUGGAAACGAUUGGACGAACGGGAGGCUUCCCAGAAGGCUCUGCAAAAUUUCCCACCUAAGGUUGCUGUUUGA